CGCUCUCAAAGCGUCGACUGAGCUCCCUUAUUGAGUAGUGUAAAGCCCGUAUGAGCUGAGCGUACAUAUCUAUAUCUAACUAUGUCUGAGCUGGUGUGCGCGUGUCUAUGUGGGGUGGUGGGGGAUUCAUUCAUUUUGUCAGUCUCAAAAGAAAACAUACAAAUGCAUUGAAUGGGUUUUUAUUAUUCCAAGCAAGUUAAUUCCUACAUCUUUCGUACAUUUCUAAAACAGCUUUCCAAUCCUUAUUGCAGGCCAUUGAUAAAUGUGCUUAUUUCCACAGUCACAAAAAGGUUUAAUAAUUAAAUAGUAAUAAAUGAAAAAAAUGAACACGGAGCAACUGCGAAACCCUAAUGAAUUGGAUAUAAGUCUUAAAAUGGAAUUUGGUCCAUUUGAAACUAUUCAUAGGUGGAAACGAAUGUCAGAGUGCUACGAGUUUGUUGGAGCAAGGAGAAGCAAACAUACAGCUGUAGCAUAUAAAAAUGCCAUUUACGUGUUUGGAGGUGACAAUGGUAAAUCUAUGUUGAAUGAUCUCAUCCGAUUUGAUAUAAAGGAGAUGUCCUGGACCAAAACAGGCUGGAUGGGUGUACCACCAGCACCAAGAUAUCACCACUCUGCAGUGGUAUACAAAACAUCAAUGUUUGUCUUUGGUGGGUACACAGGAGAUAUUUUAGCAAACUCCAAUCUCACCAACAAGAAUGAUUUAUUCGAAUACAAGUUCCAAAGUGCUCAGUGGGUCCAAUGGAAAUUUAGUGGACAGGAGCCUGUACCUAGGUCAGCUCAUGGUGCCGCUGUGUAUGACGACAAGCUUUGGAUCUUCGCCGGCUACGAUGGCAAUGCCCGUCUCAACGAUAUGUGGACAACAAACUUGUUGGGCGAGACUCACCAAUGGGAGAAGAUUGAGCAAAAGGGCCAGUGCCCUCCGACUUGCUGCAACUUCCCAGUGGCAGUUUCUCGGGGCAAAAUGUUUGUGUUCAGUGGACAGAGCGGUGCCAAGAUCACCAAUGCCCUGUUCCAAUUCGAUUUUGAAACGCACACAUGGACACGCGUAUGCACCGAGCACCUGUUACGUUGCGCCGGUCCGGCGCCGGCGCGUCGUUACGGCCACGUGAUGUUGGCUCACGGAAGACAUCUGUACGUCUUUGGUGGCGCUGCAGAUAACACGCUGCCUAGCGACGUGCACUGCUACGACCUCGACACGCAGAUGUGGUCCGUAGUGCAUCCAUCGCCGGAUUCUCACGUGCCGUCCGGGCGUUUGUUCCACGCGGGCGCGGUAGUGGAGGACGGCAUGUUCAUAUUCGGCGGUACUGUCGACAACAACGUGCGCAGUGGUGAGCUGUUUCGGUUCCAGCUGUCGAACUACCCCCGUUGUACGCUGCACGAUGAUUUCGGCCGCAUACUGAAGUCUCAGCAGUUCUGUGAUAUCACUUUACUUGUGGGUCCAGACGAGAUUCCGUUCCUGGCCCAUCAGGCGAUGCUGGCGGCCAGAUCCAAGCUGCUAUUCGACAAAAUCAAAGAAGCUCGCGAUGAGCUCAGCAAGCGCAUAGCUUCGGGCGAGGAGUUGGCUUCCGAGGUGUAUUUCUAUAAGGCUGAACCGGAUGUCACCAUCAGAUUGCCAGAAGCUACACCUGAAGCCUUCAGUAUGGUGCUCAACUACAUAUACACGGACGGAAUCGACCCCACUGAGAAAGACGAAAACCCCGCAUCCCCCGCGACCAUUCUCCUCGUAAUGGAGGUGCUCCGUCUCGCGCUCCGGCUGAACAUUCCCCGGCUGAGGGGAUUGUGCGCGAGAUACUUGCGCGCCAACUUGUGCUACAGCAACGUGCUGCCUGCGCUACACGCGGCGCACCACGCGGACCUCAAGUGUAUCAAGGAGUAUUGUUUGAAGUUUGUGGUGAAAGACUACAACUUCACGCCGAUAGUGAUGUCGAAGGAGUUCGAGCAGAUGGAACAUUGCCUCAUGGUUGAAGUGAUUCGUAGGAGACAGGCGCCGCCCAACAAACUGCCCCCCGCCCCGCCCCACGAGUGCGACGAACAUAUCAUCGGCACAACUUUAGAGCAAGACAUGAGCGUAUUCGCCGGGGGAGGGGCGGGCGGGGCUCAGCUUGCCGACAUAAUGCUGCGCGUGAACGACGCCCUGCGGCCCGCGCACCGCUCCGUGCUGGCCGCGCGCGCCGCAUACUUCGAGGCGAUGUUCCGCUCCUUCACGCCGCGCGGCAACACCGUCAACGUGAGGCCGCAUGUUCACCAAACGGGGCUGCACGAGGCCAAAAUUCAAAUAUGCGACACGGUACCUUCAGAGGCAGCGUUCGAUUCAUUACUUCGGUACCUCUAUUACGGAGACACCAACAUGCCCACCGAGGACGCAUUGUAUUUGUUCCAAGCUCCUAUUUACUAUGCUGCUUCGCAAGCUGCACCAGCUCUGUUGUUGGUUCCAUGUAGAUGGGAAGGGGCUAUCGUGUCUGAACAGGUUGCAUCCCAUACUAGCACCCGGCCCAUCUUCCAUGGAAUCAAACUCAUACCGUCCGGAUUCACAAAUAACCGGCUACAAGUAUUCUGCAAACACAACUUACAAAGCAACGUGUCUCCCGAGAACGUACUCGCCAUAUUACAAGCAGCCGAUCGCAUGAGAGCCGCUGAUAUCAAAGAAUAUGCGCUGAAAAUGAUCGUACAUCGAUUCGGAGUGGAAACGGCCCUCGAAGGUUCUAAAUUACAAAACGCAUUCUCUUAUAGGAAAACUUUGCUGUUUUGUCAGUUUAAAGAAAAUUAUCGCGAAUGGGUGGCCCGUCAAGAUGCCAUCAAGAAUUUGCCGCAACCACUCCUAGUGGACAUUAUAUGGGCGCUAGCCGAAGAACCACACUUCGACACUCCCCUUCCACAGCAAACGACGAAACCUUUGCCCACAUCGUCAUCCGCAGACGCGGUGACAGACGAUCCAGAGAACAAACACAAAUCCGGCAAAUCACAUCAGUAACAUACGAUGAACAGGGCGUCUUUAAGACGCUCCAAGCGCAGAACGUGAAACUGCCAAAAGUUAUACUUUUCCCUAAGCAAAUCGGUCUGAUACCUGUAGAAACAACGAAUUAAGAAAGAUCUGGUAGUGCUUAGAGCCGCCUGUCUCAUUUCUAUAUGAUUUGCAAUCGUCCUACGCAGAUCUUUACAUUACACUUUAUUUAUACAUCAAUCGAUAAACUGAUUGGGUGGAGUUGUCAAUAAUGAAAUAUUGAUUGAUACGUUGACGUAACUACCUCAUGGUGAUUUUAUGAAUUAAUAAUAUAGGAUUUGUCUGUGAAUUAAGAAAAAAAAAGGACCCACUGCUGAACCCUGUGGUAUUUUCAUACUAAUCAUCCUAUAAAUUAAUUGAUUUCUACGUAACAAUAAUUAUGAAACAGAUUCCUUAGCUUUAUCUGUAAAUUAAAUUUAUAAUUAAGGGGAGUUUUCUUAUAGUUGUUGAUAAAGCAGAUUAUCAAAAGCCUUGCACAAAUCGCAGAUAAAAACAUGAACGUCUGUGUUAAAAAUAUAUUGUAGGUAAACCCACUGUAAUUUUUCAUAUAACAAAAAGGCCCCAAUAAUAUAAGUAGGAAAAUAUGGAUGCACCAUAUUAAUAAAUCAUGUCAAUUAUUCUAGAUUUUAAGUAUGAAGCCUGUUGUUUACGGACGUUAUUUUACUGGACUCCUGGCCAGCGCCGUUUGUUCCCAUCGAGUCACACUGUAACCUGUAACACUGUGACUCGUUGGGAGAACU